CUUAGCUAGUGAAGGAAAAAAAUUGGUUUCAAAUCAGUAACUGGAUUAGAUUCCGAAUAUAUUUAAUUGAUUAUAUUAGAAUUGAUUUGGACAAGGAUUAAGGUCCGAAUGAAUAAAUCAAUAAAAUUUAUGUGUUUGUACUAAGACUGAUUUUAAAACAGGUUUUAAACUGUUAAAAAUUUGUGCUUCAGCUCAGAUUUAAUUGGGUUUGAUUCGGGUUUAAGAAAGAGUUUUGCCACCCCUACUUAAAACAUAACCCUCUCUGCCUCUGUGUUUGCUCAAUCUCUGUUAUCCAUGGCGUCUACUUUUGUGACAUUCCCAAAGCCCUUCGCUGUUAGCAGAACCAGUGCUCCAUUUCCCUCUCAACAGAGACUUCUCGGAUUUCGGAGAAGUUCGUUGAGAAUCAAUGCUGUAGCUCAGAAAUGGGAACCGGCGAAGGUUGUUCCACAGGCUGCUAGUGUUCUUAUCCGUCUUGAGGAGCUACCCGAGAAAUCUGCUGGUGGUGUAUUGUUGCCCAAAUCUGCUGUCAAGUUUGAGCGGUAUCUGAUGGGGGAGAUACUCUCAGUUGGUGCCGAGGCUGGGCAAAGUGUGGAAGCUGGAAAGAAGGUUCUUUUUUCAGACAUAAAUGCAUAUGAGGCUGAUUUGGGAACAGAUUCUCGGCACUGCUUUUGCAAGGCUAGUGACUUAUUGGCUGUGGUCGAGUAAAGAACUCGGCAUCUCCACAAAAUUUCUGGAGUUCACCUUCCAUUGAUCAAGAUGUUUGUUUCUGCACAUCCAUGAGAGUUACUCUAUUGUAGGACCUUUAACCUACUUGGCUCUUUUAUAGUUCUUGUUAUAUGGGAAUAAUACCCUUCUUAUGGUCACUGAUAAUGAUUCUUUUGCAUUGACAGCUGAUAUCUGUAUCUAUUAUUUUUUUGC